GCUUCGGCUGCCAUACGAGACUUGUGUCUGCAUCAAAGCGACAAGGAGGAGAGAAAGGAAGGAGAGGCGAGGAGUGCCGAUGAACAGAGAAGCCUCCUUUCCCAGUUCCCAUUUGAGAAGUAAAUCUUGGACGAGGAGAGCUGGCGCUUCAUGGGGCAAGUUUUACACAGAGGGGAUGGCCUCAGUCAAUGAUGUUCGCACGAACGCCCCAGUGGAUUUCUGUAUAAAGUCGGAGGAUUGCGAAGGAAGAAUUGCAGUUGUUAAAGAAGAGGAGUGUGAGGUGGGGAUUGUUAGGGUUACAGCUGAGGAUUCAGACGAUUUCUUGGGCAACCUUGAACAGCAGAAUCGUGACGCUGGGAGGCUUUACGGAGAGUCUUAUUUCAGUUCACAGCCCAAGCUCACCAAUAUGGCCACCCAGCAGAAUUCUAUGGAACUGAAAUCAGAGUCACCGGAGUUUGAAGAAAAUCUCAGUGAAGGAAACGGGAGAGAAAGAGAAGAGCAGAAGUCAUCUUGGAGUGAGGGGAUAAGUUUACUGGAGAAUGUCAGCCUCGCUGCGUCUUCAUCUGCUGAGACAUCUUUUCAUUGCAGACUGCAACACAUACAGAACAAGGAGAAGUUGAAGAAACCGGCAAGAGGAUCCGAGAAUUUGACGGCAAUCUCUUUGCAGUGCAGUUCUCUUCCAGCAAGAAAAGCCAUCAAUACUGAACAACAACGAGGGCAUAACACAGACCAAGAGGUUUCGUGUGCUGGCCAAGAGCACGGACAAACUUUUAAAAUCAAAUCUGACUCUGAAGAUCACAAGUCAAUUCAUGCAAGACCAAAGCCACAUUGCUGUUCUGAAUGUGGCAAACGAUUCCUCCAUAAGAGCAGGCUUCAAGCUCACAUAAGAAGUCAUACUGGAGAGAAACCUUUUUGCUGCUCAGAAUGUGGCAAAAGAUUUUCCCAUAACUGCAGUCUACAAACACAUACAAGAAUCCACACGGGAGAAAAGCCUUAUGGCUGUGCCAAUUGUGGGAAAAGAUUUAUUGACAGUAGCCAUCUUCAUAGCCACAAAAGAGUUCACACUGGAGAGAAGCCACAUUGCUGCUCUGAAUGCGGCAAACAAUUCACUGUCCUUAGCUCUCUUCAGAGCCACAAAAGAAUUCAUACAGGAGAGAAGCCAUAUUGCUGUUCUCAGUGUGGCAAACAAUUUGCUGUCAAUAGCAAUCUGCAGCAGCAUGCAAGAAGUCAUACUGGAGAGAGGCCAUAUUGCUGUUCUGAAUGUGGAAAAAGAUUUCUCCAUAACAGCAGUCUUAAAAGACACACAAGAAUCCACACAGGGGAGAAGCCAUAUUGUUGUCCUGAAUGUGGUAAACGAUUUACCAGCAGUAAUAGUCUUUGGCAGCACACACAGAUUCAUACUGGAGAGAAGCCACAUUGCUGUUCUGAAUGUGGCAAAAGGUUCCUCCAAAGUGGCAGACUUCAGGCACACAUAAGAAUUCAUACUGGAGAAAAACCUCAUCGUUGCUCUGAAUGUGGGAAGCGAUUCUCUGAUAGUAGUAGUUUCCACAGACAUAUAAGAAUCCACACCGGAGAAAAGCCCUAUGGCUGUGCUGAAUGUGGAAAAAGAUUCAUUGACAGUAGUACUCUUCACAGGCACACGCGAGUGCAUACUGGAGAAAAGCCAUAAUGCUGCUCUGAAUGUUGGCAAAUGAUUCUCCCAGAAUGGCAGUCUUCACUGAUCCCACUGAUCUGCAAUAGCGAAUAUGGCAGAUUAUGUUCCACUAAGGGCAGCCUUCACAAUUAUUUAAAAAUUCAUGCUGAAGAAAAAAAAUGUAUUGCCAAUCUAACUGUGGUAAAGGAUUCCCACGUUUAAGCAAUUUUCAUGGGUACCAAAGAAUCCACAGUGGACAGAGGCCUUAUGGUUGUAACACUGAACAGUGAACUCCAAGGCCGUAAAAGAAUUCACAUCGGCUGUUCUGAUUGUGUCAGGUGUUUGUCAGACAGCAGGAGUGUUAAUGGUCAUGUUACAGAUCACAAUGGAGUAAGCUGGAGGGUGAAGAAUGAAGGAAUGGAGGGGACACUGAAACAUAACUUUCUUAACUCCUGAGGUCUUGAUGAGUCCCUUCACUUGUUGGUCUUUGUUGUAUAAGACUGAUAGCACAGCCCAUCAAAGUAACAUGUUUUACACUGUGAAAAGGACCCAAAGAAGUCUAAGAAGUCUCUCAUGAUAUAAAGGUGCCUUACAAUCUGCCUUGGCACCAUUGUAGGUGAUGGUGGUAGAGGAUAGUGUGAAUUCUGAGAAGAAGACCAUCAUUGUGGUGACAGAUGGACAGUGUUCCAGUAGAAUGUUCAAGACCCUAAAAGUGCAACUUGAGCAGGAAAUUAAGAGGACUGGACACAGUCCAGGGGUCAAUUGAAGACAAAGACUUGGUCAAGUAGUCCUGCUGUCAUGAAAGUAAUCAGAAUUUCUGACUAAAUCAUACACAAGGUAGUGAGAGAGAAAACGAAUCCCGACUUCAAAUUCUUUAAGAUAAUCGAGUUUUACCUAAGGUCUAUAAUGGGACAAUUUAAAGAAAAAGCACAAAAGGCAUGAAAGAAGAAAUAAUACAGAAGAGGAGGCAUGACCAGAAGAAGUGAGAGCAGAACAGGAAGAAACCUGGGAUAAAGAGAAGAGGAGGACCACCUAUGGGGUAGCGUGUAUCACCACAUAAAAAAAACAUCAGCACACAAACUGAGUAAAAAAAGAAUAAACAGAAAUAUUUGACAAUGAAUUCAGAAAUAAGCACCCAAAUAUGAACAGACACACUCAGAAAAACGAUUCUGACCCAGAAGUGGAAAGUCCUGAAAGGCACCCGAUUCUCAAAUUAAAGACAUGCAGAGAAUUAAGAAAUUUCGGAGGAAUUAAAAAUGAAAUUUGUAGUGGCCUCAGCUUCGGUGUUGCCUGGCAUCCUGCUCAGGGUUUGUUUCCUGCCUUGUGCCCUGCGUUGGCUGGGAUUGGCUCCAACAGACCCCCCGUGACCCUGUAGUUAGGAUAUGGCAGGUUGGAUAAUGGAUGGAUGGAUAGUGGCCUCAGUCUCGUGAGUCGGUGGUGUUACGGCAAAAGGGGCCAGUGUGACACAAACUUUAGAAUGCCACCAGGUGGCACUGCUGUGUUUCAUAAGUUCACAUAUUUACAACAAAGUCAACCAAGUUUUUCUUACUAAAUCUUAUUAAAUAAAAUAUCAAAAUGUGUCCAGCUGGAUCCACGUCGAAAUAUAUGUUCUAAAGUCCCAGGGGCCUGCUGACAUCGAUCACAGGUCAGAUCAGUGUGUGGAGAUAUGCAGGCUACACUCACUAUGCCAAAAUUUAAAUAUUUGCAACCCAUUUUUUUUGAAAGGAGCCCACUAAUAACAAUUUGU